CGCCUCCCCCGCCGCUCAGCCCCGCGCAGCCGAUGCCCGAUGCGGCCGGGCUGAGGUGAAAGAUGGCUCUGUCGCGGGGGCUGCGGUGCUGCCAGCGGGCGUUCGCCUGGCUGCCCGUCCUCAUCAUCGCCCUCGUCGUCCUCUGGUCCUACUACGCCUACGUCUGCGAGCUGUGCCUGGUGACUCUGAGCAACCCUGUAGAAAAAGUGGCCUAUCUUAUAAUAUUCCAUAUUCUCUUUGUGCUCUUUGUGUGGACAUAUUGGAAGUCUAUUUUUACUCUCCCGGUGCAGCCAGGCAAAAAGUACCAUAUGUCCUACGCUGACAAAGAACGCUAUGAAAAUGAAGAAAGACCAGAAGUGCAGAGGCAAAUUCUCGCCGAAAUUGCAAGGAAGUUGCCGGUGUACACAAGAACAGGGAACGGAGGUGUUCGAUUCUGUGAUAGAUGCCAGCUAAUAAAACCUGACCGCUGUCACCACUGUUCCGUCUGUGCUAUAUGUGUGCUAAAAAUGGAUCAUCACUGUCCGUGGGUGAAUAACUGCAUUGGAUUUUCUAACUACAAGUUCUUUCUACUGUUCUUAGCCUAUUCUUUGUUGUAUUGCUUGUAUAUCGCUGCAACGGUCUUCAAGUAUUUCGUUAAGUAUUGGACAGGUGAACUGACUAAUGGGCGUUCAAAAUUUCAUGUCCUUUUCCUGCUCUUUGUGGCGGUCAUGUUCUUCGUAAGCCUUAUGUUUCUGUUUGGAUACCAUUGUUGGCUCGUCAGUAGGAACAGAUCUACUUUAGAGGCUUUCUCAGCUCCAGUGUUUCAAAAUGGCCCAGAUAAAAAUGGAUUCAAUCUUGGCUUUGUAAAGAAUCUUCAGCAAGUGUUUGGAGAAGAAAAAAAGCUCUGGCUACUACCUAUUGCCUCUAGCCAGGGCGAUGGACACUUUUUCCCAAUGAGAGCUUUGUGUGAAGCUCAGAAUCCUCUCCUAGCAAACGAAGAGCAGUGGGAAGAUGACAGAAUAGAUGAAGAUCCUCACGGUUCUGGUGAAGCUUCAUCCCUUGCCAUAGAAAGGGAGACAUAGCAGUUUGAAAAUGCAGCAGUUUAAAGCUUGUUCAGAAAGCUUCCCGCUCAGGAGUCAACAUCCCUUCUCUCGACGUGGACUUCAGUUUUGAGGGGCAGAAAACAAGUGGAUCUUCAAGAUGAGAAAACAUCGUGAAGUAUCGUCUGAUUGGAAUCUGCAUUCUAGAGUGCUUCUCCAGAAAUCCUGCUCCCCAGAUGUUUCAAGGCUUUAUAAGUUUAAGUUACAGAGUGAACAGAACAGUUUUAUAGAGUGAUUCUGGCCAAUCUUCUUUGGCCUGCUCUCUUUAUUUUAUAAAUAAUAUAUAUUUUUUAUUCAAAAUUAGGUAAAAAGUAUUGACGCAAGGGUAUUUCCAAAGGCCUUUUCAUUUUGCAAACUUCAGGGACUCGAGUUCUUGAAAUUCUUCCAAGCCAUAAUAUUCUUGGGGACGGUAUUUAUUUCGAGACUGAUUCUGCAACCUUCUCUGACAAGUAGCGUUUUCUAACGUGUUUAAAGUUCUGUUUGAUGCAGCUCAACUCCAUGAGGGACAGACCCACUUAAAUUUGGCACUAAAUUGAUAGAGAAAGUGCUGAACAUGCAUAUAUACAUGUGCAGCUGGGUUUGAAAAUAAAAUACUCACAUUGCCAGUAUCAAGAUUCAAGAAUAUUGUGGCCAUAGAUUUUUUUUUUUUUUACCCUUUUUCAUGAGGGUGUAAUUGCCGAGUUUGAGCUGUAGUGCCCUUUAAGCCCAAUCCUGCUUGCAGGCACCUAAAACGCAAAAGGGAACUUGAGACUGUACAGUUUGCAUUUAAUUCCUAGGGCUAAAAUAUAAACUCAUUCCUGGA